CGCCCUGUUACGUCAUGACUCAUGUGAAUCCAGGCGAGCAGAAACAGCACCGCCGUCAAAAAUGUAAUACAACACAAUGAACACGAGCAGUUCAACUUAUAAAUUUGUCCUCCGUUUGAACACUUACUACUAACACCAGGCACACGCACGCUCGCGCGCACGCCAUGCGUGAGUGAUUCCGCUCGUCUUUGCGCUCAGCGGGCCGCCAUGGCGCCGCCAAACAGCAGCUACUCGGUGGACGCGGCGCCGUCGGACGAGAGCGGAGACAACGAACCGCUCAUCCGCGAUGUUACAGUUCCUCGGCAGUGCUGCUCGGCUCGCUUCAACCUGGCCCUCUUGAUGUUCCUGGGCAUCUCGGUGGUCUACGGGCUGCGCGUCAACCUCAGCGUGGCCAUGGUCGCCAUGGUCAACGCCAGCCGGCCGACGCCGGGCCUCAACGGCUCGGCGGCGCAGGCGUGUCCGCUCCCCGCCGGCGAGAACGCCAGCCAGAAGUUGGAGCAGCCCGACGGGACGCCGCAAUACCCGUGGGACGCCGAGACUCAGGGCUGGCUGCUGGGCGCCUUCUUCUUCGGCUACCUGUGCACGCAGAUCCCGGGGGGCUACCUGUCGGGACUCUACGGGGGCAGCCUCUUCCUGGGUUUGGGGGUGCUGGGCACGGCCGCCCUCACGCUCCUCACGCCGCUGGCGGCCCGACGCGGACCCCGCUGGCUCUUCGCCCUGCGAGCGCUGGAGGGCCUGGGCGAGGGCGUGACGUUCCCGGCGAUGAUGUCCAUGUGGGCCCGCUGGGCGCCGCCUUUGGAGCGCUCGCGGCUGAUCUCGCUGUCGGGGAACGGCGGAAACUUCGGUGCCUUCCUGGCCAUGCCGCUCACCGGAUUCAUCUGCCAAGCGCUGGGCUGGCCCGCCGUCUUCUAUCUUUGUGGGGGCGCCGGUUGCCUGUGGGCCGUCCUUUGGUUUCUCCUGGUGUCGGACGACCCCCGCACCCAUCGGCGAAUCAGCAAAGAGGAGAGAGAAUACAUCAUCGCCACCGUGGGGCAACAGGGCGGCGGGCACGGCUGGUCGGUGCCCGUGCUGAGCAUGAUGACGUCGGUGCCGCUGUGGGCCAUCGUGGUGACGCAGAUGUGCUUCAACUGGUCCUUCUACACGCAGCUCACCUCGAUGCCCACCUACAUGAGCAACAUGCUGCACUUCGACCUCAAGGCGAACGGCUUCCUUUCGGCGCUGCCCUACCUGGCGGCGUGGCUGUGCGCCACGCUGACGGGCUUCGUGGCCGACCGCCUCAUCGAGAAGAAAGUGUUCAGCGUCACCGCCGUACGCAAACUCUUCACGCUCACAGGCAUGCUGUUUCCUGCCGUUUUCCUGCUGGCGGUGGCGUACGCCGGCUGCAGCCCGGCGCUCACCGUCACCUUCCUCACGCUCACGUCGGCCACCGGGGGCACCGGCAGCUCCGGCGUCUUCAUGAACCAGAUCGACAUCGCCCCCCGGUACGCCGGGUUUCUCCUGGGCGUCACCAACACGUUCGGGACCAUUCCCGGGAUCGUCGCCCCCAUCGUGACAGGAUAUUUCACAGAGGACCACACCAUGGAGGGCUGGAGGAAAGUCUUCUGGGUUUCGGCCGGCGUCAACGUGGGCGCCGCCGUCUUCUACACGCUGUUCGGAAGCGGCGAGGUCCAGCCGUGGGCCGUGCCGCGAGAGGACGGCGACGCGGACGAGGGGAGGACGACCGUGUCCGCUUAACGCAAGAAGUUCGCCGCUUGUUUCGCAGCAUUUAGGAUCACAAUUUCAAGCUUUGUUGUUUUAGAUUCAGGAACUUUUCUUUCAGUACUAAUUUUGCUUUUAUAGAAAAUGUAUGCAAGGGCAGCACUGGGCGCUAGCGGUUAGCCAAUUGCCGACUGUUUUGGGUUUGGGGUUGGAAUCCCAGCUGCGGCAUUAAAGCCACGGACGAACAUUUCGGAAGGUGGAGCUCUUGGAUUACUACCCGUUUGUUGUUUUCUUUACAAACUUAACAGUUGCAGUUGACAGUUGUAUGGGAUCACUUUGACGAAACCUGUGGACCAAGUGAAGCACAAAAGAAAACACCACGACCCUUAAACAGUAUUGAAACACAUGAUGCAUUACGGCAACAGUGAUUAUUUGUUCUUACGAAACAUAGGAAGCAUGAUGAAAUAUCAAAGCACACGUUUGGGUAUUUAUUAAACUUGUCUGUGCCAGGUUUAAAUUUUUAUGUAAUGUAUUUGUACCUUGUUAUUUGGGGGAAAAGAAGGUCUUUAAUAGAAUUUAAAUUAAAAUGAAAAGAUUUCAAGCA